AUGAAUGCGAAAUCUGACUCGAGCGUGAGGAAACAAAUUUCCUUCCAUUUCCUACCUGCGAUAACACCAGAACCCAACAGCCGCCGCGAGGUUGAGCUCCGACAAUCGAGUGCCAGGUCACAUCUCGCCAAAUCCAUGCAUCGAAGUAAAAGAGCCAGCAACAAACUGUCAUCAGACCAAGAAGACCUCGAACUACACAGGGUCAGUGAGGGUAUGACGAUGGUGGAGAGGAGAACCAAGAGAAAUGACAGACAGCUUCUGCUUACCUCUGGUCAGCUCAGCAUGUGCAUUAUCCCCGACAGGAUAGUGGAUCCGCACACCAAAAUGCUGCUUCACUAUUGCACACAAUCUUUCUGGCCAGGCUUCGAGAUCGGGUCAGCCGCGUUUCAUAUCCCACCAUUUGCACUUGAUUACAACACCCUUGUUGCUCAAGGUCCAGCAUUGGUGCAUGCUUGUCUGUGGCAAGCUGCUGUGAACCUUGCGUUCAAGAGAAAUUCGCGGGUUACGGAUAAGCAAAGCUUACUACACUACAACCAAGCCAUUGCGCAUAUCUCCAAAGACAUCACGAAACCCGUUGCACAGAUACCUGAGCAGACUCUUUAUGCUAUCCUCAGUCUGUGUGGUCCUGAGAUGUCACCAGACGAUGGAAACGGCAUCACGAAAAAGGCGUUCAAUCCGCCACUAGCGGAGCUCUCUUGGAUCCACGUCUUUGGAAGCAGACUUCUCAUCGAUUCGCAUGCAAGGGCUUUGAUGAAUCUGGUAGACUUGAAAGGCGGUAUUCACAAUGUCAAGUAUGCGGGCUUCCAAGCUUCCUUCAACUACAUGGAUCUUGUACGCGCCACGCAAAUGCUUGUCAAACCUCACCUUCCAGUGUCUCAGCUUUACGGCCGUGUCAAGGAGACCCAUGAGAGGGCCAAGUUCUUCGGUUAUGCUUCUGACUUCUCCAAUCAUUCUCCAAUCGACGAAGGAUCGCAUAUCAUUGACAGGCUGGAUGUGCUUGGACUAUCAGUUGAUAUCAGAGAAGUUAUCUACGACAUGAGGAUAUGGGUCAAGGUUAUUGAGGCAUAUCAUCACAACACCUUAACAAACCCUGAUCUUUCUCUUCUAGCUGCCCACAGGGAUCUCAUCCAACAGCGUCUUCUCGCAACUCUCCCAGACGGGUACGAUGGCAAGAAGCUAGAGCAAAUAGACACGUCAUCAACAACCACUGCAGACCACUGGAUCAACGAGAUCAUUCAGACAGCUUUGCUGGUAUUCUCAUUGGGCGUCACAUGCCCAAUCUCCUACGCGCCCCCUUACCAUCAUGCUGCGCAGAGGUUACAGGCACAGCUCAUCCUGUAUAAGGAUCGAGCAACCCAUCUAGGAUUGUCUCACCUCUUGAUAUGGCUCGGCAUGUUGGGGAUCCUUUGUACGGAACAGGUUGGGUCCCAGCUCAGAGAGUGGUUCGUUGGAUUCCUCGGUUUGGUAGAACAGAAGCACGGACUCGCUGGGGACAUCAGGGAUUGGGAUAUGGUCAAGAAAGAAUCACUUGUGCCCAUCUUGUGGUCUUCUGUCGCAUGCGAUGCUACAGCCAGAAGGGCGUGGCGUGAUGUCAAAGAUGUCGCGGACGAGAUGUCUUGGAAUUGGGGUAGGACAACAUGGUCGACGAUGCUUGGGACUAUAUGUGGAUAA